AUGCUGCAGUACAAUCUCCGUGAUUACGAGGAGGCGUAUGGACAGAAGCGAAGGCAGCAGCACCAGCUCUUCCGAGCAAAAGUGCGCCACCAGGAAGAGUUGGAGUUUGAGGACAUGGAGCAGCUGCAUCGCUCAAACGAAACGCGCAAGUUCUACAAGAAGCUCAACGGAUCCCGAAACGGCUUCACGCCGCGAGUCGAAAUGUGCCGGGAUAAAAAUGGAGCUAUCUUGACGAACGAGCGUGAGUGUCGCGAGUACCAAGUCCCCACGCACCACCUUUUCAUCGACUUUAAAGCCGCGUACGACUCAGUCGAUCGCGAAGAGCUAUGGAAAAUUAUGGACGAGAACGGUUUUCCCGGGAAGCUGAUCAGACUGAUCAAGAUGACGAUGGAUGGGGCUAGGUGUUGUGUGAAGAUAUCGGGUGCGGAAUCGGACUCGUUUACUUCACUUGGGGGGCUUCGGCAAGGCGAUGGGAUCUCUUGUCUUUGUUUCAAUGUCGUGCUAGAAGGUGUUAUGAGACGAGCGGGCUUCAAUAUGCGGGGCACGAUCUUCAGCAAGUCCAACCAGUUCAUCUGCUUCGCCGACGACAUGGACAUUGUUGGCAGAACGUUCAAGGCGGUUGCGGAUGCGUACACCGACUUGAAGCGGGAAGCAGAGAAGGUAGUGGAGGAGUUUGUAUACCUCGGAUCGUUGGUAACGUCGGACAACAGCUGCAGCAGGGAAAUUCGGAGGCGCAUCAUCGCUGGAAGUCGUGCCUAUUUCGGUCUUCACAAGAGCCUAAGGUCCCGGAAAUUCUCCCUACAUACGACGUGUUCCAUCUACAAGUCGCUGAUAAGACCGGUCGUCCUCUACGGGCACGAGACGUGGACAAUGCUCGAAGAGGACUUACGAGCGCUAAGCGUCUUCGAACGUCGAGUGCUAAGGACCAUCUUUGGCGGCGUAUAUGAGAACGACGGAUGGCGGCGGAGAAUGAACCACGAACUUGCACAACUCUACAACGAACCAAGCAUCCGGAAGGUCGCGAAGGCUGGACGGUUGCAGUGGGCCGGUCAUGUUGCAAGGAUGCCGGAACGUACCGAGCAAUUGAGCCAACGGAACCAGAAGAUCAAUCCUGCGAAGUUGGUGUUUGUGUCGGAACCG